AUGGCUGCUGCCGGCACGUCGCUCUGUGAAGAUCAGUUUCUGUGCUCCAUCUGUUUGCAUGUGUUAACUGAUCCAGUCAGCACACCAUGUGGACACAACUUCUGCAAGAAGUGCAUCACUGAACACUGGGAUAGUAAUGUCCUUUAUGACUGUCCCAACUGCAACAGAAAUUUUGACACGAGACCUGAGCUGCAGGUUAAUACUUUUGUCUCUGAGAUGGUUGCUGACUUCAGACAGUCAACCCAACAAAAAUGCAGCAGCUCAAAGCAACGAGCUGCUGAACCAGGACACGUUCUCUGUGACAUCUGCACGGGAACCAAACUCAAGGCUCUGAAGACCUGCCUGGUGUGUUCGGUCUCCUUCUGUGAGACUCACCUGGAGCCUCAUCUGAUAGAGUCACACCUGAAAAAUCAUCAGCUGAUCAACCCUUGGGAGAAACCUAAGAGAAAGAAACAUAAGAAGCGCUCUAAACCUCUGGAACUGUUCUGUAGGACCCACCAGACAUAUGUCUGCACGAUCUGUCAUGUCUCAAACCACGAGUCACAUGAAGUUGUUCCUCUUGAAUAUGAAAGAAAAAAAGCCAAACUGCAGAAGACAAAGGCGAAAAUUAAUUAUGUGAUUAAGGGGAGGCAAGAAAAGAUCCAAGAGUUCAAACAUUCGAUCAACACCAGCAAAGAAAGUAUGGACAGAGAGCUAGCAGACAUCAGUCGUGUCUUCACCAAGCUCAGGAAGACUCUAGAGAGAAAAGAGGCCAAAGUCAUUAAGAAGACUGAAGAAAAGCACCGAAUGACAGAAAAACAGGCUGAGGGCUUCAUAGCGGAGCUGGAACAGGAAACCUCUGAGCUGAAGAAGAGAAGUGCUGAGCUGAAGCGGCUCUUGGACUCAAAAGACCACGUUUACUUCCUCCAGAACUUUCCAUCCACGAAAAGCCGCUUCAAGAAGUGGACAGAUGUCAAAGUCUGUCCUCCUUUAUAUAAGGGGGAUGUUCAGACAGCUGUUGCUAAGAUGCUGAAAAAGGAAACGAAAAGGUUUCUCAAAGAGACCAAGCUGAAGACAGUCCAGCAGUAUGCGGUGGAUGUCGCUCUGGAUCCUGAUACAGCAAAUACUCAACUCAUCCUGUCUGAAGAUGGGAAACAAGUACAUCACAGUCCUUUGUGGAAUAAUCUCCCAGAUAACCCAAAGAGAUUUCGUACUGGUCUCUGCGUCUUAGGGAGGCAGUUUGUGUCUUCAGGAAGAUUUUACUUCGAGGUUCUGGUUAAAGGGAAGCCUAACUGGGGUUUAGGAGUUGCCAGUGAGUCAGUCGACAGAAAGGGGCGACCCACCUUUAGCCCUAAGGGUGGCUACUGGACAAUCCGUUUGAGAAGACAAAAUGUCUACAGUGUUUUUACAGAGACCCUUGUCGAUCUGUCUCUGAAGUCGAAGCCUGAGAAGGUCGGGGUGUUUGUAGAUUAUGACGAGGGUCUGGUCUCCUUUUAUGAUGUUGAUGCUGCAGCUCUUAUUUUCACCUAUACUGGCUGCUCCUUCAUGGAAAAACUCUUCCCAGUCUUCCUUCCUGGUGCAAAUCAGGGUGGUAAAAAUGCUGUCCCUCUGAUCAUCUGUCCUGUCAACCCUACUUAAAUACAAAAACAGUUUUCUGGGAGAAGACUCACGUUGAAUUAAGGUAGAACUUUAUCAAUCCUGAAGGAAAAUCUCGCAAUUUCCACUUAUUAAUGUAACAAAUUCCACAAUUUAGUGGUAAUGAACAGUAUUGAUUUCUUAUAAUUAUGUGGAUUUUGCUAUCUGUAUUGAGGUUGUACAAUAUGAAAAGCUACAAUAACCGCCUUGCGUUUGUAUGUGUCUACACACCAGUCAAGUGGCACUUACAGUUUAAAUCCAC